CACAAUCCCAAUUAAACAAACAAAAAUGAGGAAAUCCAUCUCAAUAGCUUUUGUCAUUGCAAUCACCAUUUUCAUGUCACAUCUUAAUGUUUUUACAGUGUAUAGUUUAACACCGUGUGAAGAAGCAACAAAUCUUUUAACACCUUGUUUGAGGUACCUUUGGGCUCCACCAGAAGCUAAGCCAUCACCAGAAUGUUGCAGUGGCUUAGAUAAAGUGAAUAAAGGUGUUAAAACGUAUGAUGAUCGUCAUGAUAUGUGCAUCUGUUUGUCGAGUGAAGCAGCAAUCACUUCAGCCGAUCAAUACAAGUUUGAUAAUUUACCUAAAUUAUGUAAUGUUGCUUUAUUCGCACCUGUUGGUCCCAAAUUUGACUGUAGCACCAUUAAAGUUUAAGGUGAAGAAAAAAAAAAGGUAAAGUGAAGAAGAAGUAUAAAUAGUCUCAAUAUUGUAAGGUUUCGUUUGUUUAAUUUUGAUUAAUAAAAACAGAGAAGUUUAUUCUCAAUUAAAGACUUUGAGUUCUUGUUGUUAAGAUCCAUUAAUACUCAAAACAAAGAAAUCCGAGCAACGGGUUUUGUUAUGUGAAUCAAUAGAUCUCGGAAAACA